AGCGCGGGAGGCGGGGAGAGGAGGCGAAGGGCGAAAGGAGCAUUGCUCAGAGGGGACACCGCCACCAAAUGUCUGGGAGGGAGCCCAGCCUCUCCCCGGUCCCACGCCGAGGGCGACCGUGAUGCUGCAGAACCGGCUGGAGGGACUCGUCGCUGCCAGAGACCCCAGCGCCCGCCUUCUGCAGGGGAAGCGACCAUGGCCAUAGCUCGUGAUUUGUCCCCCCCUUCACUUCGUCUGAAAAGAAAUCCUUGAAAAAGUUGUUCUUUAAAAAUCCUUGCUCUGACCUCUGGGGGCCCGAGGGGGCCGAAGAGACGUGAGUGCGUGUGCCAAGCAAGCGGAAGGUGUGUGUGCAUGGGGGGCCGCCGGUGCGGGGACCCUUUGCUGCCACUUGGACAAGUGUUGUGCUGAAAGCUCUGGCCGUCGCCCCUCCCUGCCACCCCGGGGCUGCUAUGAGCCCCUGCGGGCGGAUACGGCUGCACGCGUCCAGAGGGGCCAUGGCUAUACUGGCGUGGAAGUUCCCGCGGACCAGGCUGCCGGUGGGGGCCAGUGCCCUCUGCGUUGUGGUUCUCUGUUGGCUCUACAUCUUCCCGGUCUACCGGCUGCCCAACGAGAAGGAGAUUGUGCAAGGGGUGCUGCAACAGGGCACUGCAUGGAGGAGGAACCAGACAGCGGCCAGAGAUUUCAGGAGACAAAUGGAAGACUGCUGUGACCCCGCCCAUCUCUUUGCUAUGACUAAAAUUAAUUCCCCCAUGGGGAAAAGCAUGUGGUAUGACGGGGAGUUUUUAUACUCAUUCACCAUCGACAAUUCAACGUAUUCUCUCUUCCCCCAGGCAAUCCCAUUCCAGCUGCCGUUGAAGAAAUGUGCGGUGGUGGGAAAUGGUGGGAUUCUGAAGAAGAGUGGCUGUGGCCGUCAAAUAGAUGAAGCAAAUUUUGUCAUGCGAUGUAAUCUUCCUCCCUUGUCAAGUGAAUAUACUAAAGAUGUUGGGUCCAGAAGUCAUCUAGUGACAGCUAAUCCCAGCAUAAUUCGGCAAAGGUUUCAAAACCUUCUUUGGUCCAGAAAGACAUUUGUGGACAACAUGAAAAUCUAUAACCACAGUUACAUCUAUAUGCCUGCGUUUUCUAUGAAGACAGGGACAGAGCCAUCGCUCCGUGUUUAUUAUACACUGUCAGAUGUCGGUGCAAAUCAAACAGUGCUUUUUGCUAACCCCAACUUCCUGCGUAACAUCGGAAAAUUCUGGAAAAGUAGGGGAAUUCAUGCUAAGCGCCUGUCCACAGGACUCUUUCUGGUGAGUGCAGCCCUGGGCCUCUGUGAAGAGGUGGCCAUCUAUGGCUUCUGGCCCUUCUCUGUAAAUAUGCAUGAGCAGCCCAUCAGCCAUCACUAUUAUGACAACGUCUUACCCUUUUCUGGCUUCCAUGCUAUGCCUGAGGAGUUUCUCCAACUCUGGUAUCUUCAUAAGAUCGGUGCACUGAGAAUGCAGCUAGACCCAUGUGACAGCAGCUUGCAUCAGCCCACAUCCUAGGGACUACGGAAGAAGAAAGAACUGAGCCAGGGUAUUUUUCUUAGGUUUUCUAUGUGACUCUAGAAGAAAAUGGUCAAGUUGUUUCAUGGAUUUGCAUGAAUUAAAAAGCAGAAAGGAAACCUCUACUUUUGAUGUUGGCUUUGAGGAUUAAAAUAGAAAUGUCUUAUGACAUUUUUUCUAUAGCACAUUGUGGAUUUUCAGCUGGUAAAAUACUAUUGAAAUGCUGUUGUUUACAUGGUUCAAAACUAGAAGAUAUGGUGUAAAAACAAGAUGGACCUCUAUUUACCAAGGCUGAAGAACUAAUCA